CGGUACUUUCCACUGUAUGUGACAAAGGCGCAAUUUCUUUGAAUUUGCAAAGUUAUUAUCGUACCACAACGAAGCCGCAUUUGUCGGACCACACACCACCAAAUGUUGCCAUUAAGAGCUUCUCGAAUUCCUGUACUUGCACUAGCGAGGCCAGGACACCAAAGGAUACUGCUACCAUGUCUAUCACAAAGGCUAGGCACUAUUAGAUCUUGCGCUUCACAUACACCAACACCCGUACCUGCAUCAUCAACACCCACACCUUCUGCAGGAGCGGACCAGGCAGCACCCGACCACCGAACCCUCGGCGUCAGACAAGAGCUCUUCACGACAUCGAUCUACUCCCCCGGUUCCCCGAUCUUUCUUCCCAACGGUACUCGAAUUUUCAACCGCCUCGUCGAGUUCCUACGCAAACAGUAUGUUCGUUAUGGAUUCCAAGAGGUCCUCACCCCGACCAUUUACAAGAAAGCUCUUUGGGCAAAGUCGGGUCACCUCGAGAACUACUCAGACGACAUGUACACCGUGACCAGCACCUCACCGUCUCGCGCCGAUUCGACCGGAGACGCCGAGGCAGACGAGUAUGGCCUCAAGCCCAUGAACUGCCCUGGACAUUGCCUUAUAUUUGCCAGCCAGCUUCGCAGCUAUAGAGACCUGCCGAUACGCUACGCAGACUUUAGUCCCCUGCACAGGAACGAAGUCUCCGGCGCACUGAGUGGGCUUACUCGUGUUCGCCGCUUCCACCAAGAUGAUGGUCACAUCUUCUGUCGCCCUUCACAAAUCGAAGAGGAGAUCCGACAGACGCUAUCUUUUGUCAAGACUACAUACGAUACACUGAAGCUGGGUCCGUAUAGGCUGGUGCUUUCUACACGACCGGAGGACCAUUAUAUCGGCGAACUGGCAGAAUGGGAUCAGGCCGAGACGGCGCUCAAGGCUGCACUCGAUUCUCUCGGCGAGCGCUGGACUUUGAAUCCCGGCGAUGGUGCCUUUUACGGCCCCAAGAUAGAUAUUAUCCUGCAAGACUCGGACGGCAAGGAGCACCAGACUGCGACGGUUCAGCUCGACUUUCAGCUUCCCAAGCGGUUCGAGCUCGAGUAUCAAGCACCACCUCCCGAGAACGGCGACGCAAAUGCGACGGCCCUUCUUGAAAGACCUGUUAUGAUUCACCGUGCAGUGCUUGGCUCUGUCGAAAGGCUGAUGGCUCUACUUAUUGAGCACUAUAACGGAAAAUGGCCUUUCUGGCUGAACCCCCGCCAGGUCAUGGUUGUCACGGUAAAUGAUACGGCGCGUGUCGUAGCCAAGGCCUUCGCAGUCAGGAAUCAGCUACUUGGGCAGGAAGAGGGCGAAGUUGCAGCAUCAUCGCAGUUGGCGAUCGACAUCGAUGACAGCGCCCGCUCAUUGCCGCUCAAAAUAAGAGAAGCCAAGUCCAAAGGCUACGGCGCUAUCGUCACUGUCGGGAAUCACGAGGUCGACUGCGACAUAUUGCCCAUUGACAUGUCUGCAAUGCCAGACGUGGCCUUGCCGGACGGAACCUCGUCCAAAUCGCACAAACGACCGGUCAAGUUAGACAUUGCCUCGAUCAGCAAGCUCUUACGAGGCUCCGUAGAAGCAUACCAAUAGUCACAACCUGCAUGGGUUGUGCGGGCUUUGCCAAGCUGCAAGAGCCUUUGUAAUAUCAGUCGCAAGAGAUGUAUCCAUUGGAUCCUCUUCAAUUUCUGUAAUUUUCUGUUGAAAGUGAUAAUUGGGCGCUAAAAAAAAAGCCGGCUUCGCCAACAAAUUCGACAGAGCUGCCAACGCUUGCCAGCUCCUAAUCCAAAGCAACUGCGUCCCGUGGGCUCAGAUCCGCUGUCUGCAAAAUCGUUCCAAUAAUAUUGCCAAAGACAACUAUGUGCCGUUCUCUGGAUGUACAUGGUUCUCAGUGUAAUCCAGUGUUGCCACAUCCAGGCUUGAGCACGGCGUUCCUCCUAUCAGCUGCGAUGCUUUGCGAACUCAAAGAUUUGGGGGAUAGUUUCACACACUCACCUCAUCUUGCUUUCAUCAAUCUCAAUUCCUUUGGACCUCAGAAACUCGACAAGGGCUCGUCUUCUUGACUUGAGCUCCUUGAUAUAAGUAUGCGACAUCACGAUCACGUGGGCCUCAGAUCGUGACAUUGAACUAUCGAGUUCUGGAACGAUGGCACAUAUCCUCUCAAAGUGGCCGCGUAUCGUCUCUCUUCUCUUGUGCUCUACAGAAAUCACAUGUCAGUCAGGCGCAAUUGACAGGUUCUAUCUAUCAUGAAGACGCACCAGAACGAGUAUGAUUUUCCCUCUUUUCCUCUUCAGUUAGACGACGCUUGCCGUUCGCGUUGACGACCAUGUCCGAGGCGCCGGCCUCCCCCGGAGUUUGUGGCCUGUCAUUGGCGGGCGAUGUCGGUGAACUGGGGCUACCUGACAUGCUGUUGGUUGGUGAUGGGCUGUCGCGUCGUGGCCAAGUAUGCCGGCUUUUUAACGAUGUUUUCUGACUGUCUCGCUAAUAUCUCAUGUAUCUAUAUAUACAGAACGUCGCACUCUGUGACAACUUCUUGAGUGAAAUCGUGCGCUCGCCCAUGGCGCGGCGCUUGCCUGAACGGUUGCGGUUCGCGCCUGUCCAGGCGAACAUGUGACGGACUUUGGCGGUCCUCAAUGUUUCGAUUAGAGGCAUGGAAGGAAGGUCCGACCUGAUAGGGCAGGCUUGGUUGGGAAAGGUGGGGUCGAUCUAGCUUUAGUGGAGCCUAACUUUGCCCAGGACGAUUGUACAGUAGACCGGCACUGGAGCCGCUGCCCCGCCUACGUCAGUGAACCAUUGAGGCGCCGUUCGUGUUGGGCGGGGCAGCUGAGAAGCCAGUGAGGUGUUGAAGCCCCUGAACGCAAAAGCAAGGAGGUAAGGUGUAUUCGUAUUACGAGCGAUAUAAAGCUCCGC